CCCGCCAUCGCCAUAUCACCUGCCCUGCCCGGAUUAGAGCCAUCGCACCCGUCCACGCGCCCGUCUCCAGACCACCCGACGUCUGCAUCCCCAACAUGCCGUAGCACCAUGGAGAGUAUUAUACCCGACGACUCGCCCCUCGCCCACGUCCUCCAAGGCCACGGAACCGCCGACGCCCACGCCCCGGACCCGUCUGCGCUCCCCCAAACUCAUGUAGACGACGUCGACACACCGGGCUUCGCCCCCAGAGGCCCCUCGACGCUGCAGUCGCGCAUAAGAGACAAGCUCCCCCAGCCGCUGCGCAUCCACUCGCGCAACGGCUCCAUUGCCCGCAUCCACACCGUCUGCUCGAAAGCCGUCAACUCCAAGCUCGGCCGCGCCGACAACGAGCGCUUCCUCGAGCACUUCCGCUACCUCAUUGUCGCCUCCCAGCUGCUCGGCGACCAGGGCAGCCUGCGCGCUUCCUCGAUACCCAUCUUUGCCCCCAACGGGCGAGCCGGCUUCCAUGAGUUCCAGGUCGCCUCCAUCACCCCGGCCGGCGCUGCGCUGACGGGCGGCACCGCCUUUGUCCUGGUAUGGCUGGUCCACUGGUCCCGCCGCCAGCCCACCUUCAGCGUCGGGCGCUCUUCGUUUGUGCUGCUCGCCUUUGCUGCCGCUGCCGCCGCAGUCUACCGCUACAUGCGCCGCCAGUGGCUGCAGUAUCUGCGCCACGAGGCAGUCGACGGCGUCGCUGCUCUCGUGACCAACCUGCAGGCAUUCGAGGCUUCGGCCGCGUCUGCGCUGGCUCUGAUCCAGGAAGUAGAGCUCGUGUCACGAGGCUACAGGCUAAGCUGUCCUCUGCCCCCCAUCUCGCGCAUCGAGGAAAGGGGUCAGGCCCGCCGUUGUCAACGCCUGCGCCGCAAUCUGCGCGCCGCCUACGCCGACGUGGUCCCUAUCCUCUCCGAGCAGUGUGGCGUUUUGAAGCCUCUGAUCCAGGAAGAUGACUUGGAAAAGUACCUCGAUGUCUACGAAAUCAGCAAUCCAGACCUGCAAGAGGCGGCGCUGAGUUACAGUCCAUCCGAAUUCGAAGACGCAGAGACGCUCAAGGCCCUGCGCACUCUGCAGUAUCGUUUAUCCAUUCUUCGCCGCGUCUACCUGUGCUCUUUGCUGGCCAUGGAGGCAGAUGGCGGAACCUCGGAUUUCCCGCGCUGGUCGACCGUGGUGGACUCGAUGUUGUUUACCGCACGUCCGGUAGGACAAUGGACAGACAAGUUUAAUCGUGUGCUAUCCGAGGAGGAGCAGUUUGUCCCCCCUUCGCCAGCAAAGGUAGCGCCGACGCCUGGGCGCGAAAAGAUCCGGAACUCGGUGCGGAAACUGUCGGGCCUGUCGAGCGGCAUUCGGGGUUUGCAGGCCAAGAUGCAGGUACUGCGCGAAGAGACCAACAAGAGCUUGGAAGACACGGAAGAUGUUAGCGACCUGGCCCAUUCUCUCAUGGCGCAAUACGAGUCCAUUGGCGCCGAUCUCAAGAGUUUAGUGCAGGCCUGGGAAGCAGGAAAGAAUGCGCUUGCGCUCAACAUUGACCGACAAGAGCGCAGGAUUUCACAGGCGUCGAGCGGUCUGCGCUCCCCAGUUCCAAGCCUAGGCGGCCUGACUGCUGUGGACGAAGGCAGUCCGUCUGAUGCUCUGCGCGCUCUUAAUGGUGACUUGCUGAGUCCUCAGCAGAGUGCACCGUCGAGCGAUCAGGGCAGCACAUCCGACGACGAAGUAUUCGAAGCCAUUGCAAUACCAAAGACGCGCGGUACCAUGUCGAGAGAAGAGCGCAUGCAAAAGAUCCAGGACGACCGCAUUCGCCAGGCUUCGCUACGUGAAUCACGAGAGGCAAACACCAACAUGCUCAGAGAGCUCGAGUCGGUCAUCAACAUGAGACCGCAUCGCCAAUCUGCGCCCGGCACACGAGGCACAAGUCUCUAAGCCGCCUCCCAUCCCUUUCCUUGUGUAUAUUUCCAAACUAAUGACAGUCGCCAGAUACCGCAUUUCCUUUCUCUUUCCUUAUUUCCUUUUCCUUUUCCUUGUCCUUGUCCUUGUUCCUUCAUGGCGUGCAUCUCAGUUCUAAGCUUGAUCUUGGGCAUUUACGCGAUACCACCGCCGCCGUCUCAUUCACUAUUUUCCUUUUCCUUCUUCUUUCCUUUUCCUUUUCUUCCUCUUCAAUUCCUGGAGUCAAAGGCAAUCAUGUAUAUAUGCAUACCUAGAGGCGGUCCAAAAAACAAAGACCCGUUCAAGACAGUCAUGACGUCUGCGCAACAUUUUACCGUCUUUUUUUUUGCAUUUUUGAUUGUUUGAGUGUGCAUAGUUUUGAUGUUGUGGAUAGCGAAACGCUUGAUAAGACCAAGGAUGACUUGAAAGCAGGUACAUUAGCAUAUGAUAAGAUGCAGGCAAAUCCGCUAAACAC